UUUUAAACAGGAUUCCAUUUGUCCUCUUUGUUCCUGAGGGGACACGGAGGAAAACAAACCCGACUGUUUGUUUAGCUUUCACGUGUAGUUGUGGAAUGUGAUGGAGAAAGCCGGGUCCCGACCUUUUGUGUAGAAAGCCAAGCCUAAAAUGUUUGCCUGUCGCUAGAAGGAGAAUGAGUGGAUUGACUUUCAGGUCAACAAAGGCCCAUUGGACGGCGAACCUCAGCCGGCCGUGUUCUCAUGGACCUACUGGCUUAUUCGUGCCGCCAAGCCCUCCUUUGGAUCCUGAGAAGAUCAAAGAGUUACAGCGCUUCAUUACCCUUUCCAAGAAACUUCUGGUGAUGACUGGCGCAGGAAUCUCCACGGAGUCUGGGAUUCCAGACUACAGGUCGGAAAAGGUGGGUCUUUACGCCCGCACAGACCGGAGACCCAUCCAGCACAUCGAUUUCAUACGCAGCGCUCCAGUUCGUCAGCGGUACUGGGCCAGAAACUUUGUGGGCUGGCCUCAGUUCUCCUCUCACCAGCCCAACCCAGCACACUGGGCCUUGAGCAACUGGGAGAAACUGGGGAAGCUGCACUGGUUGGUGACUCAGAAUGUGGAUGCUCUGCACUCCAAGGCGGGGAACCAGCGGCUGACAGAGCUCCAUGGAUGCAUGCACAGAGUCCUGUGCCUGAACUGUGGGGAACAGACUCCCCGCAGGGUACUGCAGGAACGCUUCCAAGUCCUGAACCCCAGCUGGAGCGCUGAGGCGCAGGGCGUGGCCCCCGAUGGUGAUGUGUUCCUCACUGAGGAGCAGGUCCGGAGCUUUCAGGUCCUGUCCUGUGAUCGGUGCGGAGGUUCUCUGAAACCAGAUGUCGUUUUCUUUGGGGACACAGUGAACCCAGACAAGGUUGACUUUGUGCACAGGCGCGUGAAAGAGGCUGAUUCGCUACUGGUGGUCGGAUCGUCCUUGCAGGUAUACUCUGGUUACCGGUUCAUCCUCACCGCCCGGGAGAAGAAGCUUCCCAUUGCCAUUCUGAACAUUGGACCCACUAGGUCAGAUGACUUGGCUUGCCUGAAGCUGGAUUCCCGCUGCGGAGAGUUGCUGCCUUUAAUAGAUCCACAGUGACCGAGGUCUGGUGCUCAGAGUCUGGGAAUGGAGUUUCCGUUGAGUCCUGCUGCUAAAGAUCCCUAAGGAUUCUUCCCUUGCCUUCAAACUAAUGGAAGCUUACAGACUGUGUCCUAUAGAGGGCACAAAGCAAUGUCUGCAGGCCAGUCCACCAGUACACAUCCCUGUUUACAGACAGCUGUCAGAGUCCUCGUGCAGAUGAGAGCUGCCCUCCUAAGAAGGACUUUUUCAAGAAACAGCUGUUCUUGACAACACAGCUGUGCCGCCUUCCUUUUCAUCCCACCGGGAAGAAGGAACACCUGGGAAGUCCAUGAGCCAGUGUGGUCUGUGGAGGCUGCCAUUGAGACCUCACUAAUUCAGGGAAGAACCAGAAGGGCGUUUAUAAUUAACUUCUAAUUCCACAUGGUUGUGUCUGACUGAAGCACCUUGAUAUUUGAAUAGCAUGAGUAACAGCAUAAAUAAAAUUUUAUUAACCAAACAAUAAAUUAUUUUAAUAGCA